AUGGAGUACACAGAUCUACUGCUGUGGCUCGCCAAAAACAAAUGUCUGCAACAUUUGGGCAAAUUCAUCGAAAAUGGCGUCACUUUGGAUUUGGUCCCGGAACUAGAUACUGCUGCACUCCAAGAAUUGGGCAUAUCCAAGGUUGGAGACCGACUACGGCUUGAAAUUGCCAUUCUGAACCUCAACAUGCAGCGCCUCAAGACCAGUGUUAGCGUGGAGGAGGUCCAGAAACAGAUCCUGCUGGAGCUUUCUUUGCAAUGCAACCAGGGUUCAAAAACCUUCAGUGGGGUGGUUCCUCAGGAAAACGACGACGCCACGUUUGUGCCGAACGGAAGACUCCUGAGACUGCGGUCUACCGCCGAAAAGGAGGUGCCUGGCAGGACGGUCACGUUUAUUUUGCCGGACGGGUCCAUGAAGAAGGUCAACAUCGAGGGCUGCUUCAACACCCAGCUGAUCAAGCGAAAGGGACUCAAGACGCUCGGUGUCAAGGGCAGAGAUACCGACUACGACACGUAUAUUCACACCACAGGCCCCGGCGGGGCCAAAAUCUCGAGCUUGUAUGACGUUGAGUUUGUUACGAUAUGCUUCGCUCCAGACAGAACGGAGAAGCACAGAAUCAUGCUUACGCCGAAGGGCGAGCAGCCGUCGCCCACUGCAGCCGAACAAUCGCUUCGAAUCUUGCAGAGAAUGGCAGGUAGAAAGCCCCAGACCCUCAGAUGCUUGAUCUCGUCCAACUUGGGUGAAUACUUCCCUCAGGCACCACAGCAGGAGCUAGAAACGACGGUGAGAAACUCCGUACGUUACAGCAUGCGCCUACUGCGCCGUUUCCGUAUUCCCACUACACUGCUGAUAUUCCUGGGCAAGCUGGGUGCCGUAUCCAUGGCUUCCUCGGAACGGAAGCUCCGGAACCACAGAACUAUUGGUGAUAUGAUGGUCCACAAUGUCAGUGUGAUUGACGAGGCAACCAACCCGGACACCAUUUCGCUAGCUAGUAAACCGGACUUGUCAUCAGUGGAUGAUAGCAGACUGGACGUUUCCCAGAGGACCGACGUCAACAAGCACCGCUUCUCCGUGGCUGCGCUGUACACCACUAAUAACAACAGAUACUCGAGAAUUGAGCUUUUUAGUAUCGACUCUGAUGACGAUAACACCGACGACUGCUUGGACUAUUAUGGUGGACUAGGAGCCGACGGGGAAGACAUUCAACCCUUUAUUCCCGGUAAAAAAUGGGUCCAGGGUGCACGUAUCGGUGCUGGUUCUUUUGGUACUGUUGUUCUUGGUAUGGACCCCGUGACAGGUGAGCUCAUGGCUGUCAAACAGGUGCCUAUACCUACAGGAGCUGCAAGACACAACGAGCUGCAGCGCUCGAUGAUAGAAGCUUUGCACCAUGAGAUGUCGUUGUUGAAGGAGCUUAAUCACGAGAAUAUUGUUCGGUACUUUGGUUCGUCUUCGGAGGGCAGUUUCCUUAACAUUUUCUUGGAGUACGUUCCCGGCGGCAGCGUGCAACUGAUGUUGCAACUGUAUGGCCCAUUCGAGGAGCCAUUGAUCCGUAACUUCGUCAGACAAGUGCUCGUGGGUCUUAGCUAUCUUCACAGCGUCGAUAUUAUCCACAGAGACAUCAAGGGUGCCAAUAUUCUUAUUGAUAUCAAGGGUACGGUCAAAAUCAGUGACUUUGGUAUUUCGAAAAAGGUGGACUCGUCAGAAGACAGAGAGGGCAAUAAGCAGGCCCGUCGUGCGUCGCUACAGGGAUCUGUCUACUGGAUGGCGCCAGAAGUGGUGAAGCAGACGGCGUACACGAAAAAGGCAGAUAUAUGGUCCGUUGGUUGUCUUGUCGUGGAAAUGUUCACCGGUAAGCACCCGUUCCCAAGCUUCAGUCAAAUGCAAGCCAUAUUCAAGAUUGGCACCCACACCCAGCCACUAGUGCCAGAGUGGUGCACGGCUGAGGGUAAGGAUUUCUUGACGCAAACAUUUGAAAUUGACUACGAUAAGCGGCCCACGGCGACGCAGCUCUUGGGCGAGGCUUUCCUAAGUCCGUUGAUCUUGUCCCACCUGGGGCCAGAGGACAUGGACAUCCCGCUUAAACUGCUGCCCAGAGUCUCCAUCUCUACGCUAGACCAUGCGUUUGAAACCAAUGGCGAGGAGCCCAGGCGGUCCAGAAAGGACAGCUAUUUGGGCAACACGCAGCCGGAAUCUUCCCGUGUUCAAGCACAAAUGUUUACACUGAAACUGCCACAUGUCGAGGAGGACAAGGAAGGAAUUGACAGAAACUACAGACUCGCGAGGACCUACUCGGAGACGGAAUUCAACAAUUUCGAUACCGAAACCGGUCAUCGAUUGUAUGACGACGGCGUGUUCCGCCUGAAACCUUCAAAAGCUCCGUCGCCAGAACGGCACGAGCCCAAGUUGUACUCUCGCUCCUACGAGCUGAACGUGGACAUCGAUUCAGGAUCCCUAGGAGGACUCGAAGACGAGUACAUUCCAGGCUUAGAUUUUGCUGACGUGGUGCAAUCAUGGAAUCCUACAACCAGAGACGGCUCGACUCAGGCAUCUAGAGAGCACUCCUUCUUAGAUUUAAGAAAGUUGCACGCCCAGGUGGCGCCGCAGCCUAUUCAGUUCAGAAACCCAAGCGUCCUUGGCAAGCACGCCGACGACGAAAGCGUUGCAAAACCUCUAAAGAAACACAAGAGCUCCCCCAGUCCUACUGGCGUUUCGGAAUCUUCCAAUAAGGAAGAGCCUCACGAGAUCAAUUACGAGUCAAUUCUUGCAUCCUUACCCAACAACUUCACAGAGCUCCCGUACUCGCAGCGAAAGAAGGUUGUGAAGCUGUUUUCCGAGAGUAUUGACUACUCUCAGUUCCUGCUUUACGUCAAAAACCAGCUUGGCGAAAAGUCUUGUCUGACUCUGAGCAGAACACAUCGGUCAGACGGAACCCCAGUCAUUGGCUCCAGUGGAGGAAGUCUCCGAAGAUCUCGCCGUAAUAGUACUGUGAACAAUAAUACUGUUGCAGGCCGCUUGUUGGCACUUUCACUGUCUGCCGAUUUACGCAAGCUUGAUAAACCACCAAAAGUUAAUGUUGACGAGAAAGGCGCCAUGGUCAUGGGCUACGAACUUGGCCGUGUGAUUGGUUUUGGCGCCUGGGGUACAAUCCGUGAAUGCUUCAAAGACGGAGAAUGUAAGGCCAUAAAAACGGUGAAGUCCGUUCGUGACUGUGACCACGGCACCAACUCCCCAACGAGCAAAUGUAAACCAUUACAUAAUCCCAAGGUGCUUCAAGUCUUCAAGAAGGAGAUUGAGAUUUGGCGCCAGCUUCAACACCCAGCUUUAUUGCCGCUCCUUGACCAUAUUGAGACGGACGACACCAUCUUUUGUCUCACUAAUAGGAUCUCGGGUGGAACUCUUUUUGAAGUUGUAUCUCGCUGGGGUGUCUUUAAUGACAGUAUUUCCAAUACUUCGGGUCCUGUCGGUUUUCUGAUCCAGCGCCAGAGAAGACGUCUCUACGAUGCAGCUCACUUCAUCAGACAAAUAAUUGAGGCCCUUCUUUACAUGCACCAGGAGCUCGGCAUCGUCCACGGCGAUUUAAAGCUUGAAAAUGUCUUGGUUGACGACCUGGACACCGAGAAUGUUCAUGUUGUUCUUUGUGACUUCGGAAUGUCCAGAGUCUUUGCCCCAAGACUCGGUAGAAAGCUGUCUCGCCGCGAUGUUGAUGACAGCACCGCAAUGCUUAGAUCCAAGAGCUCUGCAACCCAGAUCAGAAAGCCAUUCCUCGGAGGCGACUCGCCUAGCUUGAAGAACCUCUUUUCUGACGACAGCAAAAUAGGUAUUCUGCACUUCCACAGAUCCCACGGCCCCUCACUCCAAUCAUUAGACUUGACUCCCACCAACUCCAAAACUUCCUUGUCGGAAUUCCACGAAUUUAAGGUCAGAGACCAGCACAUAUCAUCGAACAUCGAGUCCGACUUGCCUCACUCCCACAUCGGCUCUUUACCAUAUGCGUCUCCCGAACUUCUUGAGCCUCAUCCACCACCAUUGGGUCCUUCUGCUGAUAUAUGGGCUUUGGGUGUUGUUUUGUUCACCAUGGUUGUUGGCAAGCUUCCAUUCCAACAUCCGUUUGAGCCACGCUUGAGAGCCAUUAUCAGUGCUGGUAAAUUUAACAAGGAUGAGCUCAGACAAGCGUGUCUUAUGCAAUGGAUUUUUGGCGAAGAAGACGACAGCGUCAAGAACAACUCAUUUGUGGACGCAGGACGCCUGAAAGAGAUUGCAGUACUCAAGGCCGAGUGGGAUGAAAUUGAUAAGGAGGAAUUUGCAUGGGUUUUCAACAUGGUCGAGGGAUGUCUUGAGAGAGACAUCACCAAGCGAUGGGAUCUCUUCAUGAUGUUUGAGGAGCUCAAGAUACACGAGAACCAGCUUGAGGAAGCCGAGGCAUAA